UAGUACAGCAGCAUCGGUGUGUUGCAGAGCAAAGCCACAACAUUUACAAUCUGAGUACCUGCGUCUGGUAAAGCUUAACGAUGUCUGAGCAGGCAUUUACAGUAUUUGUAUUCGGGAUAUGUAGUAAUGCUGUUGAGAAUUCCAAAUAAAAAAAUAUAUACGAGUUCCUUUAUUGCUUGAUUCAACGUUUGUAUAAAGUUCUGCGACGUAGACCACGUCCUUUGGAGUCAGGAAAUCUGGAAAAAUCUCUGUCGACUACACAAUCCUCCAGUUUAGAUGGAGUUGGGACGAACGAAGAUGCCGCGGUGCGGAGCCAACGCGCUCCGCCAGGCAGUGCACCCAUCGCACGGCCUCGCCUGGACAGACGGGCGCCGCGUGAUGCUCGCCUGCCUGAGACUCCGCAGCGCCGCCCCCUACAAGGGCGGGCGAACAGACACGGCAGGUGAUUGUGACGACGACGAUGAUGAUGAUGACUCGCAACGGCACCCUUCCCUGUUCGCAGCGGGAGUCGGAGCCUCGUCCACAACCGGGCCUGUCCCGCCCGCCAGUAUCACCUCUUGCUCACUGCUCGACAGCUCCAUCAUUGGCACGUUCGAGCACGUGUGGGACCUCUGCUGGGGCGCCUCCUGCUGCCCCGGCUCGGCGGCGCUGCUCGCCGUCCAGCACAAGCGCCACGCCACCGUGUGGCUCCUGCGCCGCGUGGGCCAACUCCCGUCGGACCCGGCGGCCAAAGGGUACGACCCUUGCGCGAACCUGCUCGUUUCGCAGACCUGCGAAGUGGCGGUGCGCCAGCGCAUCCUGCCCCAGGGCUGCGUGUGGCACCCGAACAGCGACGCGCUGGCCGUGCUCACGGACGGCGAGGCGUGGCUGCUGACCGCUGCCCGCCAGGGCAACUCGCGGAUCCGCGUCCCCUUGCCGCACCACCACCACCACCAGCAGCAGCAGCACCAGCGGCCGCACCAGCUGCGCCAUCCCUGCUGCCCGCAAGCCGUGCGGUGCGCAGCGUGGAGCGACGGUGGCAGGCGCCUGGUUGUUGCCGCGGGUGCCUCCAUCUUCUUGUACGAGUGGGACGAGGCGCGUCGGUCCCUGUCGCCCUCUGCCACCUGCCCCAUAUUCCACCUGGGAGGGUUCGCCUCUGCGGCGCUACCUGUGGGGGGGUCGCUCCUGGCGGUGGCGUUGGAGGCGCCGGGGCUGGCGGCGGUGGCGGCAGCGCCAACUCCGUGGCCUCACAAUAAAACGGCGGGCAGGCGACUGGCGAGCUCUCAAGUCUCCCUCGCACGCGGUGUCGAACCGGGAAUUCAAGAGAUGAAGGCGCUGCCGGGCCACCCUAGGCACCGGAGCUCAGCGGACUUUUGUCACUGCGUGGAGUCCGCGAACUCUCUGGCCGUGGGGCCCCCACCCUCCACCCUCCUGCUCGUGUCGUUCGACGGCAGCAGCCACGGCACGUGUGCCACCCGUCGCGUGCUCAUGCCGGGCCUCGCCGUGCCAGACUUGGUCGCCUUCGAGCCUCGCUCGGCGACGCUGGCCCUGGCGUCCAACGCCGCGGGCCUCGUGUUGCUCUUCACGCUGGGACCUCUGGGCUCCGUCGUGGCCAGCGGCAGCGUUCGCCUGGCGUCGGAAGAGAAGGUUAAAGGCGUCUGCUUCUUUGACGAUCGGACCCUGCUGUUGGCGUCGGGCAGACUCUGCCAGGGAGACGCGCCUCUCGUGUUGUCGUCACCGCCAUCAUCGACGUCGUCACCGGAGCCGUUCUCAUACACGAGCAAAUACUCCCUGCGCAUCCUCGCACGCGACCUCCCGACCCCGCGGGCAGCGGAGGACGAACGCAGCACUUCCAUCCAGAGCACCGUGUCCAGCUCAAGGUCCAGCCUCAACUACAUGCAGGCACGUCGAGCUUGUCCCAUAAUCCAGGUGAACGCGGACAGCAAAGGUGAGGAUGACAUCUGUGCACCGCUGGGCGACGAGGUCGAGGCCAAACCCCCGACCCCGGGAGACUCGGAGGCAACUCUGCCACGUGGCAAUCGCUCGGCGAGGACAGGGGAAUGCAAAGGGCAUGGCCAAGAGCAUACCACCUCGCAGACAUACUUCACCAGACUCCUCGUGAACAACGAGCAGCCCAGCGGCGGCAAGUUCGUGACAAGCCCACGACCGCUCGGCCCACAUCCCAGGCUUCACCACGACUCCAGCAAUGACCUGGGAUCCCAUGGCUACGUACGCACGGGACCCGCAUCUGAUAGCAACCGCGCCGGCACCACCUUCCCCCCGCUCCUGCGCGGCUCCGUGUGUGAGAGCCUCAACAACCUCUUCGUGCAGCUGCGCCAGAACGUGCAGCGCCUCAACUCGGGCGUCGCCGAGGUCACCGUGCACCUGGCCGAUCGGCACAAGGUGCCGACGUCGCCGACCGCGGCACCUCUGACGACACCAGGUUGUCCUCAUCGCCGGCCGACGCAGCAGCAGCAUCAGCACCAGCAGCAGCAGCAGCAGCCUCGAGUCCGUGCGAGCGCCGUUGUUCGCAACUCGCCUCUGGGCUGCGCGGCGAAGGGGGCGGACGAUGCGAGGGGAAGCGGUCCUGACGGGUCACCUCGAAGCGGGGUGCGAGCCGCGCAGGGGGCCCGGCUGGUGGACGAGAGGAGCGGGACCACGGUCCCCGUGGCCGAGCGCGCCGAGUGGGUGCGCGUCACCUGCCAGGGCGGAUCGGAUGGGAACGAGACGGGAAUUUUCCUCCUCACUGGAGGACGCCUGCACUUCGGCGUGGUCAAGGAAGUGUUCGCGCUCCGUGUCGUCGAGAUUCAAGCCGGCGAGAGGUGGAUGAUCCUUGGUGGGGAUGAGAACAACUUAAUCCCGCUGACCUUUGACCCGGGCGCAGAGGUUGUGGUGCGGGAGGGCAGGAGACAGGUCUGGCACGGGAAGGUCACGGCACGCAACGCAGAGGACGCGAGUUCCGAGGCGUAAGGAACGCCUGAACUGGGCUACGAAGAAGCCAGGACAUAUAAUGUGAAGCAGAAGACGACCACGAAUAUCGGAAAAACUACACGUGAAAGCAUUGUCUUGAGUGGUGUCUUGGAAAGCCAGGACAGGUGGCAACCCUCGUCUGUGUAUGUGUGGUGGUCACUCUGUAAACACACACACGCUACACAGUACCCUACCAGAGCGGGGCCAUUGAUAACCCUGACCAAGACCCCGCCUGAGGGGUGGAGGCUGUGGAGUGUGGGUAAGAUCCCCCAGAACCCUGCCCCUAGGCAGAAAGCGGGAUAAACAGAGAUCGGUUGGAUUACCUGUGGCCAGAACCCCUCCUGAGGGGAGGGGGCUGUGAGGGAUCUGUGAUCCCUCAGAACCCCGCCCCUCGGUGGGAAAUCGUAUAAAAGGCGGGCUCCUGAGAGCAGAGCUCAGUUCGCCUGAAGUCGAAGUCGAGGAGCCACCUGGAGACGAGACCCUGGGACCCAAGCCCCGACGUCCUUCUGAGGGCCGGGUCUGGAAGGGCCAGUGGUCAGAGAACCACCGGUGCCAGCGGUGGGUCAGCCUCCUUCGCUCCAGCCAGCCGGAGGGCUAUAGGAGUAGGUCAGUGGCUAGGAUAGAUAGCCCGGAGGCUGUGCCUCCACAGGUUGUGGGUGGAAGGGGCAAUUACCCCUUCAUGUUAAGUCCUGGUGAGUGUUGUUAAAUAUAUAAAUAAAACGUGUUGCUUCCUACUACGACUCCGUCUCCAUACACGACUACUACAUAUGCACCAUCAUUCUCACAAAGGGUAACCCUUCGCCACAUUGCAUCAUCUAUAACAAUAAACACAUGGCCAUAGCGACAGCACUUAAAAUGUAGGUUUUCGUAGCCAUUAUGAUCCAUGUCAUUUGGGUUAAACCCCAUCCUUUAAUUCCGAGUUCAUUACCCGAUGAAGCUCGAAUCAGUUUGAAUCAAGGGUGGGAAAAACCCGAUUUUUUUGCCCGACAAAUCGGGUUAUUGGUUUUAAUGUAAUUGAACCCGAUUUUGCCGAUUAAAACCUGGUUUUAUUAUCGGCGUCUCGGGCACACUUCAAUCCUGCUCCUCGUCGUCGUCCGCCGCCACCGCGUCGUCUUCGUCGUCGCUCUCACUGCUGGACUCGGUGUUGUCGCCGUCGUCGGGCGUCAGGUAGUCGUGGAACGCGUUGAGGUUCGACUUGAUGAAGACGAGCUUCUCGACUGUGCUGGGCACCAGGCCGUUCCUCAACUUGGAAUGGAUGAAUCCCAUCGUCGAGAAGUUUCGCUCAGACGCAGCGAUCGACGUGGCCAUGCUGAACAGUUUGAUGGCGAUCUUCUCGAGCGCGGGAUAGUCGCUUCCGACGAGUGACGAACUGACGAAAGUCUGGGCGAGGGCCGAACGCACCGCGUGACUCACGUGCAUGGCGGCUGAGCCCGGGCCCCGGCCCGAACGCCGCUAAUGGGUGGGUGCGACUGAAAUCCCGACUUAACUUUAAUAAAACCGGAUUUGGGCA